AUGUCGGCGUUGCGCAGUAUGGAGACGACUCAUAAGAGCACGACGGUGUUGCGUUGUAAAGUGGCUAUCGUUGGUGAUGCUACGGUGGGCAAGACAGCUCUACUGCAGGUUCUCAAGAGCAAUGGCCAUGAAUACCCGAAAAACUACGUUAUGACAUCCGAUGUGGAGCUGUCAACGAAAAGCAUUCCGAUUCCCGAUACAAACGUCGUUGUGGAGCUUUACCUGUUUGACUGUGCCGGCCAAAGCAUUUUCAACCAACUGGACUUUGGCACUUACAAGGGUGCAUCGAUGGCUCUCGUCGUAUUCGAUGUGAACAAUAAAGAGUCAUUCAAGUCAUGUAGCAAGUGGUACCAGGAUGUCCGAGACGCGUCGCCAAACCACAAUAUUCCAGGAGUGUUGCUGGCCAACAAGACAGAUCUCCGCUACAACAACCGCGACGCAAUCUCCACCAAGGAGGCUGAAGAAUUUGCCAAGCGAAACGACCUGAAGUACUUUGAGUGCUCUGCGCAACAAAAUUCGGGAGUCGAGGCACCCUUCGCUUAUAUCGCGGACUGGUUCCACAAGAAAUACCAAGCAGCGACCCAGCGGGCGUAG